AUGGCUGUGCUCUUGCAUCCCUCGUGUGCGCGGGCGCUCCUCAGUUUUUUCAGGGAACUGACUACAGGCCCGUCUGAGGAAGGAGAGCCAUGCACCUUGCAUGCAAUGGUGGCAUUCCCAUGGAUCACUCCCCUACGUGACUGGUGGCCCCCUGGGACCAUAUUCCCUGCUCUCCUGCCCUUGCAAAUUGUGAGCCCCGAAGUGGCGGUUCGCGCAAACCUCGCUUUGCGAACGAGCGUGCAGGCGUGCGAUUGCCAUUGCCUGAUGCCCCGCGGUCGGGAGUCGCAGCGUCGGGCGCCGGGUUUCGUACAAAGGGGACGCUGCACAGAGGUGCCAGGGUUUGUUCGUGUAAUGGAGUGCAGCGAGAUGUGGCGUGGUUUGAGCCUACUGAUCCCCGCCUCCGUCGUUGCGUUGUUGAUACUGGUGGUUUGCAAUAUCGCAUUGGAUCUAAAAUGACGGUGUAGAACAACGUAGGGUGGCAAUGUACUUGUUCCUGCAAUAGUUUCAUAGCAUGAAUUCGAACUGCAAUAGAUUACACUUGCAGCAGGUCCUCGAGCAUGUUCCAAGCGUGGUGUAACCCUUAGUAAGAGUUCUCGUCGUAUCUAUUGGUUACUGAUUGAUAGUUUUUAUUUUAAUGUAGGUUACUGAGCGUAGUUCAUUGUCAUUGCAUAGUUAACAAUAGUAUUUGGUCUUUUGGUAUCUGCAGCCACGAAGUAUGAGCCUUAUGCAAGGAAGUUUCUACAAAAUGUCAUGUAUAUGACGCACCGAAAGGCAGGUUCGGGGGCUGUGGACUGUAAUCACAAGCAAGGAAUAUAUUGUACCAUUUCUGGUGGGUUCAUGGAGCGCUGGAAGAUUUCAGCUAUUGAAUUCCAAACCUUACAAGUGUAGAACAGUUGAAAAGUAUUGCGGAUUUAAUUUCUUCUGGAGUGGUGUGAACGGAUCUCGUUGAUGUCAUCUGGCUUCUCCUUGGAGAAUGCUUCUCUGAGCUGCGAGGAGCACAACAAUGGAAUCCAUUAUAUACCCCUGAGGGUAAAAAGCUGGAAGAAUACAGGAAAAGUAGCGUUCGUAAACAUUGUCUGUAGGAUCGGCAGCGUCAACGAGAUUAAAUUCGGUAGAGCAAUCACCAGCAGUGGCACUAGCAAGUAUAGCGUCAACAACACUCCUGUAACAGUUUCGGACCUUGGGGCACAUUUUACCAGCAAUGUAGAUAUUGAAUUUGUGAUGAUAAUUUAUAUUCGAGGAGCCAUUUGUUGCAUAAGAUUAGCCUACCUUGAUAUCAUUAUUUUUGGACGUUCAUCCCUUAUAAUGUUGGUGAAGAAACAUUACUGAAUUUUCAACAACAGUGUGUACAUUUCUGUGAAGACAUGAGAGACGUAGAGGAAGGGAUGAAGAUGGAUUUUAAUGGAAAGAUGGAAUCGUUAUCUGCGGAUAUAAAAAAAACAGCUUCAGAGUGUGAGGGAUUUGAUCAGUUCGAGAGUUUACGUGGGAGAGGGAGGUUGCGAUCUCUUGCAGCGGUACGGAUUACGGAGGAAUCUGAUGCGGCACGGAAGGCUGCAAUUGAAGCUGCUGACAGUUGGAAAUUUGUUGAUAAGUCGAGCUUUCAGCCUGAUUCUCCUGUGUCCAUAGUCGAGGAUGGUGAUGUUCCUUCACACACUUUGAACAUGGCCCAGGUUGGAGAUCGCACUAUCUCCAAACCAUGCUCGAAUUUCGAGGCUGUGGAGCGCAAGAGGCUGGGCUUUCCCAGUAUUGACAUGUCUUCCGUGUACACGUACAACGAUCAGAGAAUUGCCGAAUUGAACAGAGAAUACCGAGAAAUACUGGAAAAACAGACACCAUUCACAGGAGGCGGCGCAGAAAAUUUCGUUGAAUCUGGAAGCGAGGAUGUGGAGCUGAAUGAAUCUCACCGGAGAAACAGAUAUCUGCAAAGAAACAACUCCCUUGAUGGUACACAGUCUCCAGGGUUGGAAGAAAGAAAACAGGCUCAUGAAAGUCACAGGCGUGCAGAAAGGUCUUCAUGGCCAGGUGCUACCAAUUCUGAUGGACAUACUUUGCGAACACUUGAAGACUACGAUGACAAGUUGUAUUGGUCAGACUCGGCGGAAGAUCACAUGGACCUGAGUCAAGAUACACUGAGCAAAGCAGAGGAAUUAGCAGAGGAGUUGUAUAGAGAUGCAAUGGAGAUGCACGAAAGGUUGUCCGCGGAGGCUGAUAUGCAAGCCGCAUUUACCGCAUUGAAAGUCUCUGGGAAAGGAUCACAUAAUUUGAUUGCAGAAACCAAGGAGACUUGCGGUACUAUAAUGUUCUCAAAUAGCCAUGUCCAGAAUGGAAGUUAUGGGAUGCUACCUUCAGUGUUGAUUCAGACCGACAAAAGUGAAUCACGCUCCAUAUCAUUCUCGCAAACGUCACAAUGCAGUAGUGACGCACCAGGAAGUGCCCUGGGUCCAACGGAAAGCGCUCAACUUGAAAAAAUGGUAGCAGCAGCAUUGAACUCCAGAAGUAAGGCAAACCAAAGUGCAGGAUCACCACAACUGAAUGUAGAGAAGGGGGAAAAUAUCAUCAUUGGCGACCAUAUGAUAAAGACCUUUGAUUACCAGGAUAGUGGCAAGGAUGGGGACAUUAGGACAGUCCAACAAGAGAUGAACAAGCUGAGAGAGAGCAACGCGAGGAAGCAGCUGAAGAUCGAUUCUUUGCAGAAGUGGAGAACUUAUUAUAAACUGGAGCUGGAAGACAGGGACCGGAAACUGGAGCAAAUUGAGAAGGGAUAUGCAAAAGAAUUGAAAAAGAAGCAUAAAUCUAUUAAACAGAUGGUAAAAGCACAUGCGAAGGGUAUUGCAGAUCUAGACGCCAAACGUGAUGAAUUGGAAGAUAAACUGAGAGGAGAGAUUAAAGGACUGAACCUAGUGAUAGAAGAGCUCAGUGGACAGUUAUAUGAUAUGGAGGAGCAUCUUGCAGCCGGGGGAAUUCCAUACAAGCUGCAUAUGAGUGAGAACACAGGGCCCUCUUCCAAAACUCUUUUAUCUGCUGUAAUUGGUGUGAAAGAGGCUGCACACACUUUCUCUAGAACGUUCAUGUCCUACCUUAAGCAGCAUUUAUCGAAAGCUCGGGAUUUAGAUGAACAAAUUUGCUUGGAGUCUGAAGUUAUCGUGGCACGGCCUUCCGACUAUAAGUUCCUAGUUCAGUCUUUCAUCCUCCGCAGGAUGUUCUUAGACUUUGACAGUGAAUGCUACAACAUCGACAGCUGCAUGACCGAAAUCUUUGACCUUGAGGAGCAGUCUAAAGCAUGCUUUCAAGAGUACAAUACAUACACAAAUGUUGCGGAUUCAGUUACGUUGCUAACAGACAAUCGACCCCAUAAUGUUUUCCUUCGCGAGUUCUGUUUCAAAAAGUUCUUGCACAUAGUCAGCGAGUCGACAGAGGAAGCUUUUUUUGGAGAUUUCAGCCACAGCGACGAGAUCUGUGCUGGUCGACAUCCGUCGAGCAGGUUUUAUGAGAGUUACUGCAAGCUUGCUGUGUCCGUGUGGCUGCUUCACAGGCUAGCAUUUUCCUUUCAACCACCAGCCAGAAUGAUUUCUGUGCGCAAGGGUGCUCAGUUUAACCCGACUUACAUGGAGUCCGCUGUGCCCGGCAUUUCUAGCGAUGCCGACACUGAUCAAUCUGCACUUCCAUUUGAAGCACUUGUGGGGCUUAUGGUUCAUCCAGGUUUCAGAGUGGGAAGCAGCAUUAUUCGUGCUCAAGUCUACUUGGUGACCACAUAGUAUUGGUCUUAAACUACGCUUUCAAUUACGUUUCUCGGUGUGAACAUACGCAUCGACCACAAAGUCGGCUUUCCAAAUAUGAUGAGUGCUGAAAGGUAUGGCGCUACAGAUGGGGCCGAUGCACUGAAAAUUGUUGUUGUAUCCGGGUUGCUCUCUUGGUGACCUAUCGAAGGGAUCUUGGGAGGUGGUUAUCUUCGUUUAUUUGUCUACGAUCAGCAUAGGCACUUGAGUCGCUGAGAAAUCAUGCGCAACCUAAUCCAUUCAGCAGUGCAUGUUCGUAAAGAAGCUGACACAUGUGAUGCUUUGGAAAACCUUAGAGCUGUGAAGGUUCUGGAAUCUAAAAUCGAGGAAGGAAGUAUGAUUGAUUGUUGAAGAUCCAAUAUGAUAUUUGCUUCAACGAUUCAGUCGCAUUGUGGAGUGCAUUAUCUGGCCCCGAUCUCUUCUCAUCUAGUAUCCAAGUUCCAGCUCUUUCAGGGACUGGACUGAUGUACAUGUUAUUGUACAUAUCCGUGAUCAAAGCAAGAGCUCGCGAACGAAUGAAGUGUACGAAACAGGUGAAGGAUAGCAACUUGGCAACUGGAAAUCAAACCUUACUCAUGACCUAAUAUUGGUCUCGCAGCGGGGAAAUGCCAUUUGAAUGCUGCUUUAGAACAAGAAAACAAGCGAAUCCUUAUUGAGUUCGAAGGUUGUAGGGAUCGUUUUACUGAACCUAUCAAAGGCGGGUAUCUUUGUCAAUUACUUCAUGCCAAAAUUGAACAAUCUCAGAUGUGAAGGAGGAUUCUGGCUUUAUAACGUCUACAAAUGAUUACUCCAGCCUUGGUGUCACCUCUUGCUACAAAUGCAACGUUGAAGCUAUUUGGGCACCGUUUUUAACUCCAGGGAAUUUAGGUAGUAGCAGAUGUGGCUAAGCUAGAAAAGAAUCAGUAAUAGAGUGCUCUUCUGAAGGCUGAAAGGAGGUACGGAAUCGCCGAAAGCUUAUUGUGCACUGGGUUCCUGUCUUUGCUUCACCUUCAAAGUAUGCAGUCCCGACCUACCAUUGUUUGUGUGUGAUUGAGCCGCCAAUAGGAUGCCGCAUUAUUCUUCAAAAGUUGUACGGGUCUUACUUUCAAAACUUAGUAGAUAGGAGAUAAAAAUUUGUUUUGGAAGUAAGACCUGUACAACUUUUUCCACUUUAACUUUCAUUUUUGUUUAAGCUUUAACAAAGAUGAAACCUAAAGUGGACAAAAAUUACAUAUUACUCAUCAAACGUAGAGAUGGGUCAACCUGGAAUCCAUGAUGUACUUUUGAAGCGAGCCAAUCCGUGUAUCUUCAAGGUAGCCUUCUCCAAUUUCUACCAUCAAUGGAAUUAUCUCUGACACUGUCGUAACUUGCUCAA